CUCCACGUAUCCUUCCGUAGGGUUAGUUCUUGGAAUGGACUCUUCCGUAGCUGGGGUAACGCGCCACAAUAAACCCUGAGGCGAGCGGAGCGUGCGGAGCAGCCUCGUAGCGACGUCCAGGGCGGGAAGCGCUCUUGCGGGGCUGGCUCCUGACCUUCUCAGAGGUGACUUGGUCCUCGCAGACGUCAGUGUAGAGUAGGAUUUUGCUAUAGAAGAAGUAGCCCUCAGCGACCCAUUGAAGUUACCUAUAUUGAGCACACCACCACAAGAAGCAACCAUGCCUGUGGAAGGAGGGAAAACAGAUAUGGAGAGGAUUGGGCUCUUCAGUGAGAUGGGAUAUGUUACUGUUGGUGAUAAAUAUGUGCCACAAUUUAAUCGACCGUUUAAUGAAGCUGCAAGCAAAAAUAGACAGAUGCUACCUGGGGGAUCCAAAGAGAUGUCAAAUCUCCAGGCAGGUUAUUUUGAUCCCCAUUUUGUAAGGAUUUUUGAAGGUGAAGGCUACGUAAACCUGAAUCAAGUGAGGAGACGGCAUAUGAUGGAAGAAGCCAAAAAAAAUCUAGGCAAAGCGUUCCUUCCUAGUGAUGGAGAUAAGAAGCCAUGUGGAUUAGGAAGUUACUAUGGAACAAUAGGUAGACCAGUCCCAUUUUUCAGUGCACAAUCAAAACCCAAAGAAAAAUAUGAGCCACCUGGAAAGAAUUUGUACACAAACCCAGGAAAGAAAGGAACUGGAUAUGGCUAUGCAAAUGUUACCAUAGGUAAACAGUUUUCCCACUCUGCUGAUUUCUAUGAUGCAGCAAAACUAAAUGACAAGAAAGAGAAUGAAGAACACCAUCGUUUACUUAAAGGGACACCUUUCAAAUUAAAUCUUUACCCAAGGGAAUAUUUUGAUACCAAUCCUUAUUUGUUUGAGAAACCUUUACCACCAAUUAAAAAAGCAGAGAAGAAAGAAGCACUUGCACACCCUUUUAAGCCCUCUUCUCCUGGUAAAAAGGCUGGUGGAAUGAAGGCAGGAACAUUUGAUUCUUACCCUUCACAUUCUGCUGACCCUUACGGGGUUAAAUUGACAAGCCAUAUUUCCAGCAAAGGUGCUAAGGUUUUCCAUCCACCAGGUGGACCAAAAAGCAGACCAACUGAAAGUAUAAUGACUUUGAAUGUCAAAAGGGCACUAAAUAUGAAGAACUACAAGACUGCUUCAGUACAGUCCUAUUAGCAUCUGGAAGACAAGUAGCCUUAUAAGUCCUGACUACCAAAAAUUCAUUAUCAAGUGCUCAUCACUUGAAAAAAUAUAAGAUAUUGUGGAACAAAUAGCUCAAGCAUUUAAAA